CUACAAAGCGCCGUAGAAAUCGAGAUACUCCUCCACGCCCUCUAAAUUCGUUUAUGAUAUAUCGUCGAGAGUUUCAAAAGAAGAUCAAAGAACAAAAUCCAAACAUCCUUCUUUCUGAACUUUCUAGGAUUUCAAAAUCUGCUGCUGACCAGUGGGCCAACGAACCCCAGAAUGUAAAGCAGAUUUACGCAGAAAAAGCUAGAUUCGAAAAAGAGCAGCACAUGAAGUUAUAUCCUAAUUACGUUUAUUGCCCGAGACGUCCAACAAAGACCAAACCGAGAAAAAAAUCCACGUCCGAAGGUUCAUCGGAAAAAAUGUCGAACCAUCCGAAUAACAAGAGCAUUUCAAAAGCGGAUGCUAUUGUCUUUGACGAUCGACUUUGA